GGAAAGUUGUGUUGUGUUGCGCAAUAGGAUCCAUUGCGCACCCCAGAGGAGGAGUUAAUUGAUCUGCCUUUUGGAACUGUUGACGACUGUCGCUCUCUCUCCCCCGCACACUGUCUAGAGGUGCAAGUCAUUUACUCCCCAACUUCAUCAUCUCUCUGUAGGUCUGGGCUGUGUCCCAUUGCUGCAGCCAUGGCACCCAAAAAGAACAAGUCCACUAAAAAGAAUAAAGGAGAUUUAACUGAAAUGACAAUUAUGGUGGAAGACAGCCCGAUCAACAAGAUGAAUGGACUGAAUGCCCUUCUGGAGGGAGGAAAUGGCUUCAGCUGCAUCUCUACGGAAGUUACCGACCCUGUGUAUGCUCCUAACCUCUUACAGGGUUUGAGCAACAUGCGACAGGACAGCUUCCUUUGUGAUCUUACCGUAGCUACUAAGUCAAAGUCCUUCGAUGUCCACAAAGUGGUCAUGGCCUCUUGCAGCGAGUACAUUCACAACAUGUUGAAGAAGGAUUCAUCCCUCACAACGAUAGAUCUCAACGAUCUUUCACCUGUAGGCCUUGCCACAGUCAUCACAUAUGCCUACUCGGGUCAGAUGACCCUGUCUUUGUAUGGUAUCGGCAGCACCAUUGCGGCGGCUCUGUUGUUACAGAUCAACACCCUGGUGAAGAUGUGCAGCGACUUCCUCAUGCAGGAGCUGAGCGUGGAGAACUGCAUGUAUGUGGCCAACAUUGCUGACACCUACAACCUCAAAGAAACCAAGAUUUCCGCUCAGAAGUACAUGCGCGAGAACUUCAUCGAGUUUUCAGAGAUGGAGCAGUUCCUGAAGCUGACCUACGAACAUAUCAGUGACUUCCUCACAGACGACUCCUUGCAGCUGCCCUCCGAGAUCACUGCCUUCCAGAUUGCCAUGAAGUGGCUAGACUUUGAUGAGAAGAGGCUGAAGUAUGCUGCAGAUCUCUUGACUCACAUCCGCUUUGGUACCAUCUCGGCCCAGGACCUGGUUAACCAUGUCCAGAGUGUUCCCAGGAUGAUGCAAGACCCUGAAUGCCAUCGUCUGCUGGUUGACGCCAUGAAUUACCACCUGUUGCCAUUCCAGCAGAAUAUCCUCCAGUCUCGCAGGACAAAGGUGCGUGGAGGUCUCCGGGUGCUGGUGACAGUAGGUGGACGACCUGCCUUGACAGAGAAGUCUCUUAGCAAAGAGGUGCUCUACAGAGAUGAAGACAAUGUGUGGAAUAAAUUGACAGACAUGCCAGCUAAGAGCUUUAAUCAGUGUGUGGCAGUUUUGGAUGGCUUCCUCUAUGUGGCUGGAGGAGAAGACCAGAAUGAUGCAAGGAACCAGGCUAAACAUGCUGUCAGCAACUUCUGCAGGUAUGAUCCACGAUUCAACACUUGGAUCCAUUUGAACAACAUGAUCCAGAAGCGCACCCACUUCAGUCUCAACACUUUCAAUGGCCUCCUGUUUGCUGUCGGAGGCCGCAACUCCGACGGCUGCCAGGCCUCCGUGGAAUGCUAUGUGCCAUCAUCCAACCAAUGGCAGAUGAAAGCACCCAUGGAGAUCCCUAGGUGCUGUCAUGCCAGCUCUGUCGUCGAUGGCAAAAUCUUAGUAACUGGUGGUUACAUCAACAAUGCCUAUUCAAGGGCUGUGUGUUGUUAUGACCCUUCCACUGACAGCUGGCAGGAUAAGAACAGCUUGAGCACCCCGAGAGGCUGGCACUCUUCAGUCACAAUAGGAGACAGAGCCUAUGUCAUUGGUGGCAGCCAGCUGGGCGGGCGUGGUGAGAGGGUGGAUGUCUUAGCAGUCGAAUGUUACAACCCUCAGAGCGGGCAGUGGAGCUACUCUGCCCCCCUGCACACGGGGGUUAGCACAGCUGGUGCCAUCACCCUGGAGAACAAGAUCUACCUCAUGGGAGGAUGGAACGAAAUUGAGAAGAAGUACAAGAAGUGCAUCCAGGUGUACAACCCAGAUCUCAAUGAAUGGACUGAGGAUGACGAGUUGCCAGAGGCUACAGUUGGCAUCUCAUGCUGUGUUAUUACUAUACCUACACGCAAAACGCGAGAGUCUAGGGCUAGCUCAGUCUCAUCGGCACCUGUCAGCAUAUAGAAGUUUAAGUUAUUGUUCCUCAAGCCUGUUGGUAUACCAAAGAACCCCCUAAGACUUUAAUGUCAUCCCAUCUUUGAAAGUCAAAUCUGUGCUUGUAUUGACCAAAUCCAUUGUCAAUUAAAAAGGAAAACUGAUGACAUAUAAAAUGGUAUGCAUAAUCUGGACAGAUUUGAUUAAAUCAUUUCAUUUAUUGCCAUUUUGAAAAAUAAAUUGCAGUGGAUAAGAGAGAGAUACAUUCUGGAAGUUUGAGAGACAAAUUUGUCUCUCAAACUUCCAGAAUGUUUAGUUGACAAAGAAAACAUUGAUAGUCAAAAGCACUUGCUCAGAACUUUGUUGUGUUUGAUUAGGAUUGUGACAGAGAAUGGUUCUAGGAAUUUACAUGAAUGUGAAGAAUCUCCAAAUGUUUAAUAAACACGAACAUUUAGCCUUGAUUCAUUUACUUUUGGGGCCAAUUCUGUCAUAAUAGUUUUCUUCAGCCCUAUUCUCCAUAACCAGAAAAAGCUGUUAUUUUACACUGAUGCAGUUAAUUAUGUAAAUGUUGCAAAUGUUGAUAUGUUAGGCUUACCUUUAUGUUUCAGAGACACAAAGCCUUACAUUUUACAGGACAUUGUCAAAAUAAUAUAAACUGUGAUUGAGAAGAAAAAUUAUAUGUUUAAUAUUUCAAAGGAAACUGCUGUUUAGUUAUCUGUUUUUGGAUACAAAUAUUACAACCCGCAAAUUUCAGCGAUCAAUGAAUUAGAUAAAGUAAUUAUUAAACCCUUAGCCUUAACCCUUAUCUGUAGGAUCUCACUCAAUAUCUAGUACACCUACCAGGAGUAGGUGCUGUAAGUUAUUUUUCAUUAACAUUCAACAACACACUAAAUAGCAAACACAACUGGGGGAAGGUUGUAGUGAUGAGGAUUGAGUGAAUUUGGUAACAUUUGUUUUGUUAAAAAGAAUGAAACAGAGAGCACAUGGAUAAGUUAUUAGCCUGGGCUUUAAUUGGAGUGAGGACUUUGCCUCUUGCGUUCCUUGACAGCUCAUGUAUUUGAAUGAACUUGUUUUUAAAUUAAAUAAUUUGAUGUGUG